AUGGAAGGUCAGACUGGGCCAUUUAGGAUUGAACCAGGCUCAGCACGGGCCUCGACUUGCCCCGCCCCACCCCGGGCCAGUCAGGCCUCCCGCUCACUCACCUCGCUGACUUCAGGUGGCUGGGCCGAGGGAGGGUGGGCUUUGGCAGGAAGGCGUCCCCGGGGCUGUGCCCUGAGCGCCGUGCCUGCCUGCCCUGCAGUGUCGCUGGCCUCCAGCACCGUGGGGCCAGGCGGCCAGAUUGUGCGCGCAGAGACCACCGAGGUCGUGCUCUGCGGAGACCCCCUCAGCGGCUUCGGUCUUCAGCUGCAGGGAGGAAUCUUCGCCACCGAGACCCUGUCCUCCCCACCCCUCGUGCGUUUUAUUGAGCCUGACGGCCCGGCGGAGAGGUGUGGGCUGCUGCAGGUAGGGGACCGCAUCCUGGCCAUCAAUGGCAUUGCCACCGAGGACGGGACGACGGAGGAAGCCAACCAGCUGCUGCGGGACGCGGCGCUGGCCCACAGGGUCGUGCUGGAGGUGGAGUUUGACGUUGCCGAGUCCGUCAUCCCGAGCAGCGGCACCUUCCACGUGAAGCUGCCCAAGAGGCGUGGCGUGGAGCUGGGCAUCACCAUCAGCUCGGCCAGCAGGAAGCGAGGGGAGCCCCUGGUCAUCUCCGACGUCAAGAAAGGCAGCGUGGCGCACAGGACUGGCACCCUCGAGCCGGGCGACAAGCUGCUGGCCAUCGACAACAUCCGCCUGGACAACUGCCCCGUGGAGGACGCUGUACAAAUCCUGCGCCAGUGCGAGGACCUGGUGAAGCUGAAGAUUCGCAAGGACGAGGACGACUCUGAUGAACAGGAGACCACGGGUGCCAUCAGCUACACGGUGGAGUUGAAACGCUACGGGGGCCCCCUGGGCAUCACCAUCUCAGGCACAGAGGAGCCUUUCGAUCCCAUUGUCAUCUCGGGACUCACCAAGCGUGGCUUGGCUGAGAGGACUGGCGCUAUCCACGUGGGGGACCGUAUCCUGGCCAUCAACAGUGUUAGCCUCAAGGGCCGGCCACUGAGUGAGGCCAUCCACCUCCUGCAGGUGGCUGGUGAGACCGUCACCCUGAAGAUCAAGAAGCAGCUAGACCGCCCCCUCCUACCCCGCAAAUCGGGCAGCCUCAGCGAAGCCAGCGAUGCAGAUGAGGACCCGCCAGAAGCGCUGAAAGGCAGCCUGCUGGCAGCCCGAUCCUCGUGCACCGGGCCCAGUGUGGACAGCGCAGUGGAGUCCUGGGGCAGCUUGGCCACUGAGGGUGGCUUUGGGGGCCCAGGUUGCUACACUCCACAGGCGGCAGCCCGGGGCGUGACCCCCCAGGAGUGGCGGUGCAGCCGGCUGAGAAGCAGUCCCCCACCCACCGAGCCCCGGAGGACGAGCUACACCCCAGCCCCUGCCGACGAGAGCUUCCCCGAGGAGGAAGAGGAGGAGGACUGGGAGCCACCAGCUAGCCCCGCCCCUGGCCCCGCCUGCGAGGAGGGCUUCUGGCGCAUGUUCGGGGAAGCCCUUGAAGACCUGGAGUCAUGUGGUCAGUCGGAGCUGCUGAGGGAGCUGGAGGCAACCAUCAUGACAGGCACCGUGCAGAACGCGGCCCGUGAGGGCAGGCCUGGCCACCGGCCCUGGAGGAGGAACCAGGAGAUACGAGCUUCCCCAGAAGAAAUGCAGGAGGUGCUGCUGCCGACACCCUUGGAGAUGCACAAGGUGACACUGCACAAGGACCCUGUACGGAGUGACUUUGGUUUUAGUGUCUCAGAUGGCCUCCUGGAGAAGGGCGUCUAUGUCCACACUGUGCGCCCUGAUGGGCCAGCUCAACGUGGGGGUCUCCGGCCCUUUGACAGGCUCCUCCAGGUCAACCACGUUCGCACGCGGGAUCUUGACUGCCGUCUGGCAGUGCCGCUCCUGGCCGAGGCGGGCGAUGUCGUGGAGCUGGUCAUCAGCCGCAGGCCGCUGGCCCAGGGCAGCCGGGCCCCACGAGCGCCGGGCCCCAGAGGCCCACGGAUGCUGUGAAGUCAGCAUGUGGUCUGGACACCUGCGGAGAUCCCGGCGCCCACACCUGCGGCCAGGCUGAAGAAGGGGCCGCCCGCUCGUCCAUCUGUCACCUGGCAGCCUCCGACCAGACUCUUCUCCGCGUCUGCGGCAACAGGGGGCCGGGCCCAGUUGCGGUGGUAUCGAGGUCUUUCUCCAGUUGGGCCUCCAAGAUGCCCAGUGCGGGGCCUGCCAAGUAGGGGUCAAGGCAGGCCGCUCAGCUGGGAGUACAGGGGCUGCCCCAGGUCCCUCCAGAACCCCUGGGAAGAGCGUCUAGUGCGGGCACGGCUCAGCUCUUCGUAAGGAGCGCUCUCCCAGAAGAGCCAUGGAGCCUGAGUGGCUGUGAGGGAGGAGUGAGCGCCCUGUCUCAGGAGGUGAGCAAGGCGCGACCUGGUCCCGCCUGUGCGGUUGCAGGCAGGGGUCAUGCGGGCUCAGGUGGUUAGCGUCCCCCGGGGGAGCAUUUAGGGGGAGGGUGGGGGCUACUUCAUCUGGACAGCCUCCCACCAGGAAGGAGGCUGCUCAGCAGAAGAGGCCAGCCGCUUCCCUUCUCCAGAGUCUGGUGUUCAGGGCUCACCAGCAUCCCCACUUAGGAGACUCUGAACUGGGGUGUCUGGAUUCCCAGGAAGCCCGGGCCCUUUGAGGGGCUCUUUCAUUUCUGAGACUCUGGUCGAAGCCUCUGUAGUUUGAGACCGCAGUUCUGGGCCCAUUGGGCGAGCUUGGUGUCUGUCAGCCCCUCCUGCUGCUUUAGUAGGACGUGUGGCCACUGGACCAUAUGAGUACACCCGUCUUAGCCCAGGCUCCUCAGCGUGGGUGGGAGUCAUUUCAGGACAAAAGACCCAGGGGGUUCCAUUCAGCGGCUAUUACAGUGAAGAUGGGAAAACCGUGGAAAUAAAUAGGAUAUGUAAGAUGAUCGAGCUCCUAGCCAAAUAAAUCAGUGAAGGAGGAGAGAGAAGCAGAGCCGGACGGACAGGCAGGCAGGGGAGACAGGCCAUUCUUUCUCACGCCCAGCAGCGACAGUGUCCAAAGUGGUCAUUCAAGGAAGUUGAUUCUCACUUGAAAUCUGGAAGCACCAGCAUCCCUUAAAAUCGCUUUCCUCAUUUUCUGCAGUCCAGAAACCCUUUUGGUUUUGAGAAGGGCCCGGGGUCUCCACCUGGUGGUCUGGGCUGUGGCCCCUGAGAUGGAGGUGGGCAGAAAGGAUUCAGCCAGGUCUUGGGACCUGUUCUGCCCCUGCCCAGCUCUUAACAGGGUCUCAGGAAAACAGGGGGUGCCCACGCCCACCUUCAUCCUCCUCUACCCCUGAAUCCCCUGUGGAGGCCUGAAAAAGGCUCUUCCACUCAAGGGACUCGAUAGGGAGUCAAGACGUCUCUUCCUUUCACCCUGGGUCACUGCUCGUUGCUGGGUGAACCCCUCUGGACAGGUGAGGGGUUGACAGUCUCUGAGCAGGUACUGGCCUGCUUGUCAGGGCGGAACCAUCUCUGCCCGCUGGGCUUGGGAAAGCUAUGCUCGACAGCAGCCGAGGAAGAUGCAUCCUGACCCUGAACAGUUUUCUGCCCUCCUCGGGCUGAGGCCUCUGCGAUUACCCCACACGUAUGCAACCAGGCCCGGCGGGUGGAUCUCCUGGCCACGCCGGCCUUCUCAUAUGCAAUAUUCCUCUGUCUUCUCACGGGGAUUGUUCACCCCAGAAUUGACACCUCCUGACACCUGUCCCCCAGUGAGUGUCCUGCCUGCCUAUGCAUUUUGGGUACAGCCCCUGGGACAUGCCCCUUCCACCCCCUAAAAGCUGUAUUUUUCUCUGGCUGAGAUUGGAGCAUAGUCCUUGUAAAGUAUUUUUCUACGUGGGGUUUUCUUAGGGCUCUCGGGAAGCACAACAUGCCAAGGGGUGGCACUGUAAAGGCCACUUGGGGUCUCCUUGGGGCCCACGUGUACAUUUGCCCUACCGACUUGCAGGGGGCGGGGGGUGCUGUUGGGAUGAUCUUUUUAAAUAAAAUUAUUUAAAAGCACUUGGAUUAGCGUGUCUGCUUUUUAAAACAAAAAAAGUAGGCUGGUGAUACCUAUCUAAUUACCCAUGACAUUUUCCACAAAACUAGGACAAAUAAUCCUAAAAUUUCU